GGUAUAAAAGUGACUGCUGCCAAGUGAUAAUCUGCAUUUCUCGUGAGACAAUCUGUGUAGAAUAGCAUUUCUGCGUAAUCGUUGUGUUGCUUCGACAUCAAUUAGUCUUUCACAUCCACAUCUACAUCCAAAACCAUGGGUUCCAUAACAGCCGAACAAACACCAGGGGAAUACCCUCAAUCGAAGGAAAACACUAUCAGAGUAUACAAAAAACGAGCACAUUAUGAUUACCGCACGGUUCAUUCCAUUCUCUCUCAAACAUUCGUCUCGACGAUUUCAUUCAUAGUCCCAGAUGAAGAUGGAGAACCGUCGCCCUUUUCGCUACCAAUGACUGCGGUUGCGGGAAACUAUGAUCCUCAUAAACCCCUCUGUGAAGAUGACGGAGACGAGGAACAGUAUGUACGGGAGCAGGAGAGUUUCGGCGAAGGACCAUUCGAUGUGUAUCUCCAUGGAAAUUCCGCCAUGAUGUUGAACCGUAUGACGAAACAGGGAGGAAAUAUGAAAGUUGUCAUUAGUAGCACUAAAGUCGACGGACUAAUCCUCCACUUCACCCCUAAUGGCCACUCCCUCAACUACCGCUCCUGCGUCAUCCACGGCACCGCCGAACCCGUUACAUCCGCCUCUGAAAAACACUACGCCAUGCACCUCCUCACAAACCACAUGAUCCGCCGUCGCUGGUCACAAACCAAUCCCGUAGCGCCCGAAGCCAUGAAAUCGGUCCAGGUGAUUAAAGUCGUGGUGCGCAGUGCGUCGGCGAAAAUCCGGACCGGGAAUGUGGAGAGUUUGGAGCGUGGGGGAUUGGGGGAGCGAGAAGAUGUGUGGACGGGCGCGUUGCCGCUGUAUGAAGUGCUGGGGAAUCCGGUGCAGAGUGCGUAUUGUGAUGAUAGGAAGGUGCAGGAGGGAGUGGUGGGUUGGAUGGAGAGGAGGAAUAGGGAGGAAAGGAGGUAUGCGGAGGAGAAGGCGAUGCCGUUGACGCUGGGUGGUUGUAGUAAGUGAUGAGUGGCAAGUAGUAGGUAAUAAUAGAUACCCCAAAUGGAAAAUACAACGUAGGAAUUGAUUUACAUGAAGAAUGAUGACAAGUACAAUGUGGGAAGGGCAGAUAUUCUGGGGUUCA